AACACUGAUCACCUAAAGAACUACACAAGAAGAUCCUUCUUUUAUCACCGUUGUCAUCAUCACCACCAUUUCCCCUGAAACCACCACAACAAUCAGAAUAUUAUGUACAGGUACGGCACGGCUUCUCAGAGAAGAUCUUGGCCACUAUGUAAGACGAUCCUUAUUUUUCUUGGAAUAGUGGCAAUCUUGGGAGUAACUAUUGGUCUCCUUGUUCAUUUUCUGGCAGUUGGAAAGAUUUACCAUUACCAAGGUGAUUUUCUUAUUUCUGGAGUCACAUACAAUGAUAGCUGUGAAAAUGUAGCUUCACAAAUUAGCAGAAAUCUAAGCAAAGAUAUUGAGACUAAGAUGUUUGAUGAAUUUCAAAAUUCUAACAUAUACAAAGAAUAUAUCAACUCUCAGGUCAUCAAACUUCUCCCUUAUCCCAAUGGUUCAAAUGUACAGUUGCACCUGACAUUCAAGUUUCCUCCGGCAAAGAGGGAGGUCAUAAAGGCUGAAAUCAAAGCUAUCUUACUUAAGAUGUUGAAAGACAACAUGGCAUCCUGGCAUGCAGUUCCAGCUUCCGUUAAACUUAUGGAAAUCAGCAAGACUAAUGCUGAAAUGCUUACCAACAAAUGUUGUGGGAGACAACUGGUCAGUACUAUCGGAGCAGGCAACCGCAUUGUGAAUGGGAAAAACGCCUUAACAGGGGUGUGGCCAUGGCAGGCCAGUAUGAAGUGGAAGGGCCAACACCACUGUGGAGCAUCUCUGAUUAGCAGCAGGUGGCUAUUAUCUGCAGCUCACUGCUUUACCAAAAAAACUAAUCCAGAAGAUUGGACUGUCAGCUUUGGAACUAGAGUGAAUAAGCCAUAUAUGACACAGAAAGUCCAAAACAUUAUUUCUCAUGAAAAUUUUAGCAGGGCUGGGAUUCAAAAUGAUAUUGCCCUUGUGCAGCUUGCCAAAGAAGUCUCUUUUUCAAAGCAUGUUCGUAGAAUUUGUCUUCCUGAAGCCAAAAUGAAGCUCUCAGAAAACGACAGUGUUGUAGUUACAGGAUGGGGAGCACUUUAUAUGAAUGGUCCCCUUCCAAAUAUCCUUCAAGAAGCCUUUGUGAAGAUUAUCGAUAACAAAGUUUGCAAUGCUCCACAUGUAUUGUCUGGCUGGGUGACUGAUAAAAUGCUAUGUGCUGGAUUUAUGUCAGGAAAAGCUGAUGCCUGUCAGAAUGAUUCUGGUGGACCACUAGUUUACCCUGACUCUAGAAAUAUCUGGCACCUUGUUGGAAUAGUAAGCUGGGGUGACGGAUGUGCUCAGAAGAAUAAGCCAGGUGUCUAUACUCGAGUCACUGCUUAUCGUGAUUGGAUUACCUCCAAGACUGGACUCUGAGGACAAGUAACUGGAAUGGAACAUACAGACAACUGCAGAUCCAAGAUUCUGCUGGAAACUUCUGCCUUGAGCUCUUUUGGAGUUAACAGAUUUUGGUGGUUCAGUUUGCAGACAAAAUAUGUAUGUGUCUGAAUAAGGACUGUGGGGAACUUGCACCUCUAUAUAUGUCUUGGCCUCCCAAUGCUUGCCUGUAGUCUCUCUUAAUGUAUUGUAUCCUUUGCUUUUAAAUAAAAGCUUUAUGAAAGUAUUCCCUCUGGAAUAUUAUCAGUCCUUUCAAAUAUCCAGACUUGUGAAAUCUUUUGAAAUUUAAUAUUUUAAAAUGCUGCAGUGGUGGGCUGAAGCUGGCUUGCACCACUAUAUGAGCUGAAUGUUAAAACGUCAGGGAUUAUGUUCACCAGUUGUGAAACACACCAUAGUUGAAAAUUAAGGACACCAAAUACCCCAAACCCAUCAUAUUAUAAUUAUUUUACUACAUAUUACUAGUAUGUAUUGUCUUGAGGUUAUUUACAUCUAUUAUAUAUGUACAGUAAAGAUAAAUAUAAUAGAGUGCUACUACUCACAUCUUCUGAAAUCCAUGCUUGGCAAUAUCAUAUAGGUAGCUUGAAAUUGGUCAUGGUAUAUUUACACCAUGGAAAUUAGCCAAUGCUGCAAAUUACCUCCUAUUCCCUACUCCUAGGACAAGGUUGUUAAAUACUUACCAGCACAUCACUGAAUGGUAUUCCUCAUUUAUGUUUUUAAAAGAAAUCUUCACUAAAUGAUGCAUAGGAGCACAAUUUUUAUUCCAUGACAUUACAAACUAGCUUUUUACUCAUCGUGUCAGAUGUUUUUGUUAAAUGCCUCAAGUACUACCUGCUAGUAAAUC